AUGUCUUGCAAUGAGAUCUAUUUGUCAUAUCUGUUGGUGAGCCAACACUUCGGCUCAAUCGUGGCUUCAGUGGCCAAAGUGUUGCUUCACAGCGGAUCCACUCCUUUGCCAUUGAUUGCCAAAGAGUGCAAAGAGUCGGCACUAAACGUGAAGAAGUCGUUAAUGACAUUAAUUCAACACAAUUUUGUCACUUCGGAGACCAAUAGUAAGGGCUUUGUUGAGUACACCAUAGAUGUGGAGGAAGUGUUGUCACUCUUGCGAUAUCCCAAAUAUAUUUACGUCUCGAAAGUGCUUUUGGGAGACGAAGCGGAAUACAUGUGCGAAGAACUGCUCAGACAUGGAGUGAUGACAAUGAGUCAAACCAUUCAACUCGUGGUCAACCGAUUGGCGCUGGCGUUGGAGACCAACGACUGUCACAAUCUGGUCCGCAAUGUUCACCGAGUGUUCACUCAAUUAGUGUCAAUGCAUUUCAUCCAAAGAGCCCACACUUUAGACGACAAUCAAACCAAUUAUACACUCAUUAAGACGAGUGAAGCCCUACAAGAAGAGGCGGAUCUCAUGUAUUCAUUGCCUGAAAUUAAUUUGAAUUUAAUUGCUGUCAAAAGUGGUGUCGAGUCCACUGAUACUGUGGUCGUGAAGAGCGAAGAACCGCUCGUAAAGAGACGUAAAACGAGUAAAGACUCAAAAGAUGGCAAACAAUUAGAUUUGAAUAUCUACUGGAAAAUCAAUUUAAAACGUUUUAAUCACUAUUUAAGGGAUCAGUUAAUAGUGGACGCGAUUAACACUCAUUACGACGACCCGAUCGCCGGUCAGAUCGUCCGCAUUAUUCUGCGUCUCUCCGAAGUGUCCACUCAUUCAAUGCAAUCGCAAACGUAUCCGCUCUCCAAACACGACAUCAUUCGGGAAGCGCUCAAAGAGAAGGUGUGUUCCGAGGCUUUACAAGUGGAACAGUAUUUGCUUUGCUUUCAGGAAGACAUGAACUUUCGGUUUGUGGUGAAGAGCGAAGACCGAAACGACGGCAUGUAUUCGGUGGACAUAAUGAGGACAUUAGACAAAUUGGUUGAGAACUGCUUGUCAUCGAUCGUUCAAAACCGUUAUUGUAGUAAAAGUUCGCGUAUUUUCCGCCUCUUAAUCGAUAAGAAGUAUUUACAACAGAAACAGAUGGAAGACAUGGCAAUGAUUCCGUCUAAAGAGUGCAAACAACUCACGUAUAAUCUCUAUACCAAUGGUUUGCUUAAAGUACUCCAAUGUCCCAAAACGUCAGACUACGCGCCCUCCAGAACCUACUUCUUGUUCUCUGUCGACAUGAAUGAUGUCUCCCAACAGACACUUCAGCGCUGCUAUCAAUCGGUGUCUAACGCUAUCAAUCGGCGUCUCUUCGAAGUGCAACAAAACAAAUCACUUCUCGAACGCAAGAACUUCAUCGACGCUAUUAUAUCGAGUUUAGAGCGCCAACAGUCGGUCCAAGACGUCGAACAGCAGAUCCAAGACCUGAAGAAUUCGUUCUCCACUCACGACAACGAACUGAUGGACAAAGUGAACAAAAAUGUGAAAAAGUUAGAGCAAAGCGAACUCAAAACCGAUGAAACGAUAUUCUUGUUGAAGACAUGGCUUGUAAUGAAACAAAUUAAUCAUAAAAGUGCUCAAAAAGUUACCACAAAAAAGACAAAAGUCAUAUAA